AACGGCGGUUUGUUAUUGAAGCAACAGUUUUCUUCCAAUGAAGGAAGUGUAGAAUCAACUAAAAUUUUUUUUGCCGACGAACUUGAGAAGGCAACCAACAAUUAUUCCGAAGAUCGCAUCCUUGGUCGAGGGGGUUGUGGUACAGUUUACAAGGGAAUUUUGAGCAACAAAUGUGUUGUGGCAAUCAAAAAAUUCAAAAUAGUGGAUCAAAGUCAAAUAGAGCUAUUUAUCAACGAGGUGGUGAUUCUGACUCAGAUUAACCGCAUAAAUGUGGUCAAACUAAUGGGGUGUUGGUUGGAGACUGAAGUACCUUUUUUAGUGUAUGAAUAUGUCUCAAACGGUACCUUACUUCACCAUAUCAACCACACUGGGGAAAUGCCAUUGUUUUCUUGGGAUAAUCAGUUGAGGAUUGCUGCAGAGGUUGCCGGUGCAUUGGCCUAUCUUCAUUCUGCAGCAGCAAUGCCGGGUAUCCACAGAGAUGUUAAGUCACCCAAUAUAUUGUUGGAUGAGUAUUACACUGCCAAAAUAGCUGAUUUUGGAUCUUCGAGACUUAUUCCUCUUGAUCGAACACAAAUAACCACUCUUGUACAAGGUACAUUGGGUUAUUUUGAUCCUGAGUAUUUUCAGACAAGCCGUUUGAAAGAGAAAAGUGAUGUUUAUAGUUUUGGGGUGGUGUUAGCUGAGAUCCUGACAGGGAGAUAACCUUUGUCCGCUGAAAGUGAAGAAAAGAUAAACCUGGCUACUUACUUUGUAAUGUCGGUGAUGGAGAAUCGGCUGCUCCAAAUAAUCGAGCUGAGGAUUUUGAGAGAAGGUAGAUUGGAUCAAAUCAAUGUAGUUGGUGAGCUUGUUAAGAGAUGUCUAAAGUUGAACGGAGACGAAAGGCCAACUAUGAAAGAAGUCACAAUGGAAUUGGAGGGGCUGAGAAAGUAUAAUACACAGUCGCAGAAUCAAGAAGAAAUAAUCAUUGAUAGAAGAAACAUGGAAUUAAGAGGUGUGCAACAACCCGAUCUAUAUCCAGUUUCAACAACUCCAGAUAUUCAGCACUGA